AUGACGGAUUAUUCGCAGCUCAAAGUGCCCGAUUUAAAGAAGAUUCUCCAGGAGCGCGGGUUGGUGAUAUCCGGAAACAAAGCCGACCUCGUUGGGCGCCUGCAGGAAAAUGACAAGAAGUCCGGGGGCGGAGCCACGGGCGAGGACGAGAUUGACUGGGACGAAGAUGAUACUACUAAGGCCCCACAGGCGACAACCGAAGCAGCUGCCGCAGCAGUUGCGGCUGGAGGCAAGGGACAAGUUCCAAAUCCUACAGCGGUCCCCAAUCAGAAAGCGGCUAUAGACCCAUCUGCGACGAAUGAUUUGAAGGUUGUUGAGGGCGAAUCGAAGAGUGCGGAAGCUCCGGCCGCGUCAGCAAAUGCUUCUACAACAGAAGCUGCCCCAGUCCCAGAGAAAGAGGAACCAAAACCAGAUUUCACCGCUGGUAUCCAACAAACUGAUGCUGAGAAGGAGGCAGAGAAGCGCGCAGCGCGUGCUAAAAGAUUUGGCGUCCCCGAGGACGAGGAGGCGAAGAAGUUGGCGGAACGCGCAAAGAAGUUUGGCCUGGAAGAAAACGAGGCAGUGGUGAAGGGCUUGGAUUCUGCUCUGCCGGAGCGGAGACCAAAGAGGGGGAGGGAAGACAAGCAGGGCGGCAGGAGCGCUAAGAGACAGACACCGGACCGGAGAACAGCACCAGCACCCAAGGUUGCGGCACCUGCCUCGAAGCCUUCAGGACGAGUGGUUGAUGAUCCAACGGAGAAGGCAAAGGCUGAAGCACGAGCCAAGAGGUUCCAGACGGCUGCUUAG